UUCCUUUCCCCACCCCUCUCUUUCUCCACUGAAUAUCUCUUCAUUGCUGGCUGCACAGUCUGCUCAUAGCCAAAGGACCCCUCUCACACCGAUCCAAGCUUUAAACCCGACCUUUUCCCUGGAAAACUCAGACAUUGCUCCAGAGGACCUUAUUGCUCAAACCUAAAGGUAACUACUAAUCCUUUAACCAAAGGAGAGGUGUGACACUCGGGAGCAACAGGACUUGAACCUAGUCAUCAGCGCAUCUGUAGUGUUUCCGUCACUGCGGAGGCCUGCUUGUGAACAACAGCUCUACAGAUUCCAGCCACAAAUAUGACUCAAAGCAAUGGAGAGAAUCCACAGAGGAGCCGCAGUGGUCUUCACCAAAUCCGAGCCGGGAUCCAGUCCAGGUCGCUGCUCGCCAAGAAGAGAGUGGAGAACAUCAAGAAGGACGAAGUGAAGGGGUUCUUCAUGAAAAAUGCUUUUGUCAUUCUAACCAUCAUUGCUGUUAUUACAGGCAUAAUCCUGGGAUUUUCUCUGCGUCCAUACAAACUGUCUUACCGUGAAGUGAAGUACUUCUCCUUUCCUGGAGAGCUGCUGAUGAGAAUGCUCCAGAUGCUGGUGCUGCCGUUGCUGGUCUCGAGUCUUAUCACAGGUAUCGCCUCUCUGGAUAGACGGGCUUCUGGUAGAAUGGGCGUGAGGGCAGUGAUCUACUACACCACCACAACUGUGAUUGCUGUGUUCAUCGGUAUAGUCAUGGUGCUUAUUAUUCACCCUGGAAAGGGAUCCAAGGACGAGUUCACCAAGCAGCAACAGAUAGAGCAGGUCAGCCCUGCUGAUGCCUUUCUGGAUCUUAUCAGAAAUAUGUUUCCUCCAAACCUUGUGGACGCUUGCACCAAACAGUUCAAGACGCAUUAUGCCAAGAGAGUAAUCCAUGUGACUGUUACGGUGAACGACACAAUAUUCCUCCAAAAUGGCAGCCAGCAAACAGCCCAAGAGGAGAUGAUUCCAGUGCCAGGAUCAGUGAAUGGGAUUAACGCCCUGGGCUUGGUGGUGUUCUCCUUGUGCUUUGGUCUGAUCAUCGGGAACAUGAGGGAACAAGGACAACCCCUCAGAGACUUCUUUGACUGCCUCAAUGAGGCCAUCAUGAGGCUGGUCGCCAUCAUAAUGUGGUAUGCCCCUGUUGGUAUUUUGUUCCUCAUUGCUGGUAAAAUUGUGGAGAUGGAUGACAUUUCAGCCAUGGGCGGCCAGCUGGGAAUGUAUACAGUAACCGUCAUUAGUGGCCUGCUCAUCCACGCCAUCAUAGUCCUCCCAACGCUCUACUUCAUUAUUACCAGAAAGAAUCCCUUUCUAUUCAUUGCUGGGCUACUGCAAGCACUUGUUACUGCCCUUGGAACAUCUUCUAGCUCUGCCACAUUACCCAUCACUUUUAAAUGCCUGGAGGAAAACAACAAGGUAGACAAGCGUGUGACCCGUUUUGUUCUCCCUGUCGGAGCCACCAUAAAUAUGGAUGGAACAGCUUUAUAUGAGGCCCUGGCAGCCAUCUUUAUUGCACAGGUCAAUGAUUAUGACCUUAACUUUGGACAGAUUCUCACCAUCAGCAUCACAGCCACGGCAGCCAGCAUUGGUGCAGCUGGAAUACCUCAGGCAGGCCUGGUUACCAUGAUCAUAGUGCUAACAUCUGUAGGUCUUCCCACAGACGACAUCUCACUGAUCAUUGCUGUUGACUGGUUCCUUGAUCGAUUGCGCACCACCACCAACGUCCUUGGUGACUCCAUCGGAGCUGGCAUCGUAGAACAUUUGUCUCGCCACGAGUUGAGAGUCAAUGACCUAGAGUUGGGCAACCAGACGGUUGACCAGCCAGAGAAAAAGCCAUACCAUCUAAUUUCCCCAGAGAACGAAUAUGAGAAUGAGAAGCCAACUCCAGAUGACACUAAAAUGUAGUGGCGAGAUUUCUACCCUUUCUCUGAUAUGACCUUUUGAAUUCUCACAAGGAAGGGAUUUUUUGGGUUAUUUUUAAAUGCAAUUAUAUGUCCUGCCUGAACAUAUUUCAGGCCAAAUAAGCUCCACUAAUGUGUGAUGCUCCUCUUUACACCCUGCAGACUGGAAACAAUCUAUGGUCAUGUUGGCUGUUCUGAUGUAAAAAAAA